AUGCCCCCCAAGAAGAAAGCCCAACAAGGCGCGCCUGCCAGGCCGGCGGCGUCAUCUGAACCAGCGAGACAACCCCUGAACUGGCCUGCCCUCGCUCCUCUCGUACCAGAAGAGGACCUUGCCCUGCACGAAGUGCUUCCAAAACAGAUUGUAACCAUCCCCAACUUCUUCACGGCUUCGCUGUGCAAGACCUACGUGUCUUUCCUCUCCUCGUUGCCAUUGACGACGACGCCUGGGAAACCGAAGAAAGGUGAUGCCGUGCGAGUCAACGACCGCUAUCAAAUCGAUGACCCUGCGUUCGCUGAGCGACUAUGGAACGACACAGGACUAAGGAGGCUAGUCACCGCCGAUGCGGAGGAAGGGGCGCUCGGCCUCACUGAAGCGCAGCGGAAAGAGCUGUGGGGCGGCGAGGUGGUGGGCCUCAACCCCAACAUCCGUGUCUAUCGGUACUCCAAAGGCCAGUUCUUCGACCAGCACUAUGACGAUUCCAACAGUGUGAUCAUUCAAACUCCUGGAUCACCGCCUCUGUCGACGCGCACUACCUGGACCUUGUUGAUUUACCUCACCUCGCCGGCCACGGGAUGCGUCGGUGGAGAGACUGUCUUCUACCCGGACCCGCCCAAGAAGAAGAGCAGAGACCUUCCACCUGAGCCUUUCGUUGUCGACCUCGAAGUCGGCCUCGCGCUGCUGCAUCGACACGGCCCCGACUGCAUGCUGCACGAAGGACGCGAGGUAACGAACGGAGAGAAAUGGGUCAUCAGAAGCGAUCUAUGUGUCAAGCGUUGA